AUGACGUGUCGUUCUAUCAAGAGAGAUAACAGGGUGACAGAGGAUACACUUCGCUUAAUUGCUUUUCCCUGGACUCUCUUGAAUGCUGCUUUGGAAUGGUGUUAUGAUCUGAUACCUGACUCCAUCCACACCUGGGAACAGUUGGAAGUGCGGUUUAUGUCAAAAAAAUUUCCAGCUCACCGUACUCAAGCCGCUCUUUCUGGCAUUCAUUCAUUCAAGCAGGAUCAUGGGGAAAGUCUUCAUGACGCUUGGAAGAGGUACAAGGGAUAUCAGAAGUCUUGCCGUCAUCACGGCCUAGAUAAGAACUACCUAAUCAACACCUUCUUCCGAGGACUCAGGAUGGAUACCAAGACCUUGAUCCGGGCAUCUUGCGGUGGGAGUAUCCAGAACAAAUCAUUCGCUGAGCUAGAAGAACAUAUAGAGAUGAUGGCCCAAGAAGAAGACGCCCCGAGUGAGUACUCUAGAGAUUUGCCAAGGAAAGGCAAUGAUCAUACCAUACAGAUGGUUUUCGAACAAUUGAUUGUCCUCAAUGCUAAGCUCGAAGAUUCCAAGCGAUCCUCUAGGACCGAACAUUCGACGCCAACACAAGAGGAGCUCGGUAUGUACGCACUGGACGAGAGAGUCGAGGGUGUGAACUAUGUAGCCAACAACCCCUACUCGAACACAUACAAUCCGGGGUGGAAAAAUCAUCCCAAUCUCUCCUACAAGUCAAAUAGUGUUGAGAAUCCCGCAUCGAAUAACUUCAGACUUUUGCAGAGUCAAGAGAAGACGAAUCAAGAAUUUCGUGCUCAGUUCGCAAGCAUCGAGGCUCACUUCAAGAACAUAGACAACCAGAUUGCUCAGCUAGCAUCAGCCUCUCAAAGACCAUCCGGAUCUCUUCUAGGUAAACCUGAGACUAACCCCCGUGAACAUGUCAGUGCGGUUAUUUUGAGAAGUGGUAAGCAGGUAUACGCUGAAGACCGACCAAUGGUUGAGCAAGGCAAAAGCUUGAAGACUGCAGCUGUAGACAUUACCGAUAAUGAACCGAAACCGGCUUACGUGCCCCCUCCUCCUAGGCCACCACCAGUACCAUUUCCAUCUGGCCUGAGGAAGCACAACGAAGACAACCAAUUCGCGAAGUUCGUUGAGAUGCUAAAGAAACUCGAGUACCUCAAGGACAUUCUGACCAAGAAGAGGGUCGCUGAGAAAGAAACUGUGGCGCUUACGGCCGAAUGCAGCGCUUUGAUCCGACACGAGCUCCCGCUUAAGCAGUCCAAUCCAGGAAUUGCCGUCAGUCUUCUUCCAUUAUCGAUCUUCAAGAAGAUGAAUGUGGGUGAGCUGAAACCCACUAGAAUGACUCUCCAACUUGCCGAUCAUUCUGUCAAAUACCCCAUUGGGAUACUCGAUGAUGUGCCGCUGAAAGUCGGGAAUUUCUAUAUCCCGGUUGACUUUGUGGUUCUCGACAUGGACGAAGAUUCUAAGACGCAUUAUCCCGACCUCUCCUAUGAUUCAUAUGCUUCGGAUGCUCAAGAGUGGGAUUUCAACUAUCAUCAGAAUCAGGGAUCCUAUCAAUUCCAGACAUAUCAGCCUACAACCCCAUUACAUUUCUAUCAGGGUUAUGAGGCAUACUACCAUUUUGAAGGACCACCUCAGGAGGCACACAUUUAUCCACUACUUCAAACUCAGCAAGAGGCAGAUUCUAACUUAAACUCUAUGCUUGUUCAGGUUUUGCAGAAAGUGGAGAAUGAUAAUAAUGAGCUAAAGGGCUUCUUGAUGGAUGUGAAUUCACGACUCGAGCUCAUCAACAAUUGA